CCACGGUUAUUACAAACCGGAGGAAUAUUUGUAUUUCAUAGUAGUAGUAAACAUUAUGGUAACAUUACGGUAUUUGAUAAUGAUUGGUCAUUAAAAAGUCCCGGUGAUCAAAAUUAUGAAUUAUUUGGUACUUCCAUUGAAAUUUAUGGAUUUGAAAUCGUAAAUAAAAAUGAUAAAUAUUUUGACGUACUGAAAUUUGAUCUUAGUGGAACAGAUGAUUUUCAAGGAUUUGGAAA